AUGUCCAGUGAACGUCGCGAGAGAAGGCCCUCUGUCGGAGCCCCGAUGCCCCUCCAAGGCCCUGUCGGUCCUGGCUUCAGCCGUCCGAAGCACAAGCGCACCUACACCGGUUUUGGACCUGCAGAAAUCAAGAGCGUUGAGGCCAGUAUCCCAGAGCCAUUGAGAGAAGCAUGGAAAAAACAUUCUGCUACAGGUUUCACGAAUAAGGAUGAGUUUGAGAAACAACUGGUCCGUCAUGUGGAAACCACACUGGCACGGUCGCUGUACAAUUGCGAUGAAUUGGCCGCGUAUUCAGGCACCGCGCUCGCUUUCAGAGAUCGCUUGAUCAUUGAGUGGAAUAAGACGCAGCAGCGUCAAUCUUUCGCCGACCAGAAGAGGGUCUAUUAUCUUUCUCUUGAAUUUCUCAUGGGCAGAGCAUUAGACAAUGCGAUGCUUAAUGUUGGGAUGAAGGAUGCUGCCCGAGAGGGUUUGAAGGACCUUGGUUUUCGAAUUGAGGACGUCAUCAACCAAGAGCAUGAUGCCGCUCUGGGAAAUGGAGGCUUGGGGCGUCUGGCCGCGUGCUUCCUUGAUAGUAUGGCGACACUGAACUAUCCAGCCUGGGGCUACGGAUUGCGGUACAGAUACGGUAUCUUCAAGCAGGAGAUUGUGGAUGGCUAUCAGGUCGAGAUUCCUGACUACUGGCUCGAUUUCAACCCCUGGGAAUUCCCUCGACACGAUAUCACUGUUGAUAUCCAAUUCUACGGUUGGGUGAGAACGUACCAGGAUGAGAACGGCAAGACCAUUCACUCCUGGCAGGACGGUGAAGCUGUUCAAGCUGUGGCCUAUGAUGUCCCGAUCCCAGGAUAUGGGACUCGCACGACGAACAACCUCCGCCUGUGGUCGAGCAAGGCAGCCAGUGGGGAGUUCGAUUUUCAGAAGUUCAAUGCCGGUGACUACGAGAGUGCAGUCGCGGACCAACAGCGUGCAGAGACUAUCUCAGCGGUGCUUUAUCCCAACGACAACCUCGAGAGAGGAAAAGAGCUGAGACUGAAGCAGCAGUACUUCUGGUGCGCUGCCUCGCUCUAUGACAUUGUCCGGAGGUUCAAGAAGACAAAGAGGGCAUGGAGCAAGUUCCCAGAGCAGGUUGCAAUCCAGCUCAAUGACACCCACCCUACGCUUGCUAUCGUUGAGUUGCAGCGCAUACUGAUAGAUCAGGAAGGUCUCGAAUGGGACGAAGCGUGGACAAUAGUAACAAAGACCUUUGGCUACACAAACCAUACUGUCCUGCCGGAAGCGUUGGAGAAAUGGUCUGUGCCUCUGAUGCAGAAUCUACUGCCCAGGCACCUCCAGAUUAUCUACGACAUCAACCUGUUCUUUUUGCAGUCUGUGGAAAAGAGGUUUCCCAGCGAUAGAGAAAUGCUGUCCCGCGUAUCCAUUAUCGAGGAAUCACACCCCAAGAUGGUCAGAAUGGCACACAUUGCCAUCAUCGGAUCGCACAAGGUCAACGGUGUUGCUGAACUGCACUCGGACUUGAUCAAGACGACAAUCUUCAAAGACUUUGUGAAAAUCUAUGGACCAGACAAAUUCACCAACGUCACCAACGGAAUCACUCCUCGGCGCUGGCUCCACCAGGCCAAUCCGCGCCUAUCCGACUUGAUUGCUUCGAAGCUUGGGGGCUACGACUUUUUGAAAGAUCUGACGCUUCUCGAUCAGCUCGAAGCUUAUGUCGAUGACAAGACCUUCCGAGCAGAAUGGUCAGAGAUCAAGACUGCCAACAAGCUGCGACUCGCUAAGCAUAUCAAAGACACCACGGGCUACAGCGUGAAUCCGAAUGCACUGUUCGACGUCCAAGUAAAGCGAAUCCAUGAGUACAAGCGCCAGCAGCUCAAUAUAUUCGGUGUCAUCCAUCGCUAUUUGACCAUCAAAGCCAUGUCGAAGGAGGAGAGGGAGAAACUCGUGCCCCGAGUGUCCAUCUUUGGCGGGAAGGCUGCACCAGGUUACUGGAUGGCUAAGACUAUUAUCCAUCUGAUUAACAAUGUUGCGGCAGUUGUCAACAACGAUGCCGAUGUCGGUGAUCUUCUGAAAGUCAUCUUCAUUGAAGAUUACAAUGUCAGCAAGGCAGAAAUCAUCUGUCCUGCAUCAGACAUUAGUGAACAUAUCUCCACUGCAGGCACAGAAGCCAGCGGGACCAGUAACAUGAAGUUUGUUCUCAAUGGGGGCUUGAUCAUCGGAACCUGUGAUGGAGCUAAUAUCGAGAUUACACGUGAGAUUGGGGAGCAGAAUAUCUUCUUGUUUGGGACACUGGCGGAGGAUGUUGAGGAGCUCCGUCAUCGCCACUUCUAUGGCGAUUUCCAGCUCGAUCCUCACCUGUCCAAGGUCUUCGAGGCGAUCCGCAGCGAUAUGUUUGGUGACGCCAGCAACUUCUCUGCGCUCAUGUCCGCAAUUGCCGAACACGGUGACUACUAUCUGGUCUCUGACGAUUUCAAUUCAUACAUCACAACGCAGGAGAUUGUGGAUGAAGCGUUCAAGAACCAAGAUGAAUGGAUAGCCAAGUCUAUCACUAGCGUGGCGCGGAUGGGAUUCUUCUCUACUGAUCGGGUGAUCAGUGAGUAUGCGGACAGUAUCUGGAACAUUGAGCCUUUGGAAGUCAGAGAUGAUUAA